AUGACCAGGAAGAAAAAGAAGGCGAAAAGGUUUGAGAUUGGGUUUAUUGAGAUAUUAUAAAAUGGAGGUAGGGUUGCUAGAGGAAAUGGCUUAGUGUGGAUUAGAAGAUGAUGUGUAUUUAUAGUGCGCACCUAUUGGAUGCAAUGAGAUCUGGGAUAGACUAUCUGAAGGCUUUGAGCCCGACCGAAAGCUCCGAUUUCUCGGUAGAGAGAUAUUUUCCUCUUAGAUCAGAAAUCAUAGGGGAUUUUGCCGAGAACUUUCAUUCCCAAGCCUAAACUCCAGCAUAUCCACCCCUUCGAGACCCUUUUCAACUGGAGAGACUGCAGCCCUUGAGAUAUUCUUCGAAACUUAUCCUCCCUUUAUAUAUACAUAAAGACACGCGUCAGGGUCGCUCUUCACUGUUCAAUUUUAUGAUCCCAAGACUUAUUAAAAAUUAAUUAUAAUGCCCCAUAGUUGAAAUCUAUAUUCAUAAUCGCUAUGCUUUAACUCUAUAAUCUAUUUAUCAAUUAACAACUAUCUUUAGUUUAACCUAUUCUAUGGGUUUUAUUGAAAUAAAAAAAUUGGCGCGAGAAUUUUGUGACUAAAAAUUGCAGUGCUCGCUAUUGUAAUAAAAAAUGGCAUCCAUAUUAAUCAUUAUUUAAAUUUAGAAUUUUAUACACAUUUUUCUUGAAUUUCGUUUAUUUUUAUUUUAUUUUAUUUUGCAAUAUUAAUGCCAAAAUUAUAG